GAUCUAACCCGGAAAAUAGAGCGGGGUGGAUCGUCUGUUUUUCAGGAAAACGUCUUUAUCUUAGAGUGAAGGGAAAAAAGUGGAAAAGCAACAGAUCCGAGGGGCGUUUUACGUUGUCGAAUAAAAUCUGAAUCGUCUCUCAGGAUAAGCCGUGCUGUAGGGGAUGCUGGGGGUGUCAGAGAUGACGGGCAGCAACAUGGCCAAUGCCCUGGCAAACGCCUCGUGCGAACGGUGUAAAAGCGGCUUUGCCCCGGCAGAAAAAAUAGUCAACAGCAAUGGUGAGCUGUAUCACGAACAGUGCUUCGUCUGCGCCCAGUGUUUCCAGCAGUUUCCUGAAGGGCUCUUUUAUGAGUUUGAGGGAAGGAAAUACUGUGAGCAUGAUUUCCAGAUGUUGUUUGCUCCCUGUUGUCACCAAUGUGGAGAGUUUAUAAUUGGGCGUGUGAUUAAGGCCAUGAAUAACAGCUGGCACCCUGACUGUUUCUGCUGUGAUAUCUGCCAAGCCGUGCUCGCCGAUGUUGGAUUCGUCAAGAACGCUGGCCGCCAUCUCUGCCGUCCAUGUCAUAACCGCGAGAAAGCUCGGGGCCUCGGGAAGUACAUCUGUCAGAAGUGUCACGCCAUCAUUGAGGAACAGCCCCUCAUUUUCAAAAAUGACCCCUACCAUCCUGACCACUUCAACUGCAGCAACUGCAGUAAGGAGCUGACUGCCGAUGCUCGCGAGCUGAAAGGUGAACUCUACUGCCUCCCCUGCCAUGAUAAGAUGGGCGUGCCGAUUUGCGGAGCGUGCAGGCGUCCAAUUGAGGGCCGUGUGGUCAAUGCCAUGGGCAAACAGUGGCACGUCGAGCAUUUUGUCUGUGCCAAGUGUGAGAAGCCUUUCCUGGGACACCGUCAUUACGAGAGAAAAGGUCUUGCUUACUGCGAGACUCACUACAACCAGCUCUUUGGUGAUGUUUGUUACCAUUGCAACCGUGUGAUCGAAGGAGACGUGGUGUCUGCUCUGAAUAAGGCUUGGUGUGUGAAUUGCUUCUCGUGCUCAACCUGUAACACCAAGCUCACUCUCAAGAACAAGUUUGUGGAGUUUGACAUGAAGCCAGUGUGUAAGAAAUGUUACGAGAAGUUUCCUCUGGAGCUGAAGAAGAGACUCAAGAAGCUUGCAGAGACCUUGGGCCGCAAGUAGAUGAUCUCGCCAUCUUUGGUGCUUGAAGAAUGAAUGGAGACCAAACAAAAUCUGGGCUGUAUUUCAUUUUGGAUUAGUUGUCUUACUUUAUUGUUCUUAAACUUUCAAUUUGUUUUUCCAUGAGAGAAAAUAGCCGGCAGAUUUUCUUUGGUCUCGUUCCAACAGGUGUUCUUGUGUCUUAACACAUUGCAACCAAAACCAAAUACUUUUAUAUUGUUUAUUGAUAUAUAUAUAUGUACUUGCAUGUUUGUGAAGAUAAUGCUAGUUGUAGUCACAGUGUUCAGAGCACGUUUUUGACAUUUGUUGCUUCAUAUGCAAUGCCACAGAGGUUUUUCUCAAGGCUGUAACCCUUCCUGUGUCUGACCCUGUGUCUGGCUUUGAUGUAUUGAUAUAAGAGUUGUAUUUGAUAUUUAAUGUAUGCUCAAGCCUCACAUAUUUCUGUCAGACAGGGGAUCAAAAGUUAAUGCAUGAUGUAAUGAGCCUGGAGGAACACGACAACCUCUAAACCAAACUCUUCGCUCGACUGAACAAAGCGCUCAGGCUGUGUAAUCUCCUUCUCAGCUUAAAUUAUCUUGCUUUAUUAAAGCCUUUGCUGUGUUCUCGAAAUAUGCAAUAAAUUACACCACUUAUAUUUCUUCGGAGAGGUUUAUGAACUGUUGACUGUCUUGCAUCAUAACAUUCUUGUCUUUUUCAUUUCCUCUUAUGAGUUUAGUUUUAUGACAUGCCUGCCUUAUUUUUCUGGAGGAAAAACGCCUUUUAUACUCUCCAAAUGUAAUGAACUCGUGCCUUGUGUUUUGUUAUUUACAUUGACCGCAAUUACUUGUGAUUUAUGUAACAAUUGACUGAACCUAAACAUGAUUUGACUGUGCUUGUAACGGUUGAUUUCAUCAUCUAUUUUUAAGUAUGAAAAUUUUAACCUCACUACAUUUCUACUCAAUAUACAUUAUUAUAUUUUGUGUUUGAUUAUGCAUUUUCCCCCUUUUUUUUUUCUUUUUUUUUUUUUUUAAAGGAAUUCCCUUUUAUUACAGUCAGACAUUUCAUUUUAAUUUACAGCAGUAUUUAGAUCAAGAGGAAAACUACUUUAUGAAUUCAUCACGGCCUGCAUUCACAGAAUGAUGCAUUUUGGCAAAAUAUGUAUUAAUAUGCUUGUUGGCAGCAUUUAAAUAAAUCUCACUAUGUUCUGUAUGAAAUUUAAAAAUAUAUUAAUAAAGUAUGCACUAUUUCUGAUAUCAUCA